CGUGCCUCGAUUUCGCUGUAACCCGAGUAUGCACUCACAAAUUAUCUUGCAUUGGUCCACAGUCAGCCGUCGUUUUGCAUUGAAUCUCUCCUCUGCGUGAGUCUUUCGGGUCGUCCUUUCUCGGAAACCCGUUGGCAGCUUCCGUGUCCCGCAAUCGCGCGGUAGCCCGGCUCUCCGCUUAACCCAUGCGAUCGGCGGGUAUUUCUCAGACAUCAUUCCACAAACUCCAAGAUUGCCUUUUUCGUUGCUAUCUCAACAGAAUCGGAGUUUCUCUCUUUUGUCUUGCCAUUUGCAUUGUGCGGCCCUAUCUGUGCAUUUCUUCCCAUCGCUGAGGAGUCGUGACUCCUUCCGCUCCUAGGCCACCUCGAAUUGCCCGAGCAAUGGCCUCCGCGAGGCGAAGAAGAAAUCCUUCCCGCACUUCGAUUUCGAUCCACGAUCAACCCAGGUCUUUCGGGAUUAAUCAGUCAGAGCUCACAAGUCUGGUCGAUGAGAAGGACCUCGGCGACCUCCGAGAAAAACACCGCGGCGUACCGGGAAUCGCCGAAGCCCUUAAUACUAAUUUCUUUCGUGGAAUCAGCGGCGAACCGGAUGACGUCACUCGCAGGCAAAACGCAUUCGGUGUCAACACAUUCAAGCGGCCCGCCAAGGGCUUCUUCCACUUUUUGCUAGAGGCUUUCAAGGACCUCACGCACCUGAUUCUUCUUGUUUGCGCUGGGCUUUCGCCCGGGCUUGCGAUCAAGGAGAGCGGGCUCAGGGAAGGCUGGUACAGCGGCGGGACCUCAUUCUUCUCAGUUUUCCUCGUGAUUGUGGUGUCCGCCGUGUGCAAAUACCAGCAGAAUCGGCAGUUUGAUAAAUUGUAUGGGGCUACCGGUAAUAUUCUCUUCGAUGUGAAAAGAAAGGGCCAGCGGCAGCAAGUGUCCAGAUCCAAUAUCGUCGUCGGAGAUGUCGUUUGUCUGUGUCCCGGCAAUCAAGUCCCGGCAGACGGUCUGUUCUUUGGGUACCGCUUGUUGGUCGACGAAUCGAGCAUGACCGGGGAGAGUGAUUGCGUAGAAGAGAAGAGACAUCAGAAUCCAUUCCUGUUCUCUGGAACAAAGGUCGUUGAUGGGGAAGCUCUGAUGCUGGUCACAGCGGUUGGGAUGAACACAAAGGAGGGCAAGAUGAUGAGUUCAAUCAACCGCAGCAGCAGCGAGGAGACCCCUUUACAGGCUUGGCUCAACAAGCUCACCUCGUCGAUUAGCAAAGUCAGCUUGGUGGUCAAUUUUCUGGUUCUUGUGGUCCUGCAAAUUCUCUACUUCACGGGAAAAAAACAGGGCGCGAACAGGAAACAGGAAUUCGAUCCAAGCCAAACGAUGGGCGACAACAUCAUGAACUCUGUGGGGGGGAAAAUUGCAGCCACAGUGACAAUCGUAUCGCUCAUGAUUCCCGAAGGAUUGCCAAUCGCGGUAACACUCAUUCUUGCUUGUUCAAUGAAGAGCAUGAGGGAUUGGGCGAUGGUGAGGAAGCUUUGGGCCUGUGAGACAAUGGGGUCAGCCACCACUAUUUGCAUCGACAAGACUGGCACUCUCACGACGAACCAGAUGAAAGUGACGAAAUUCUGGGUCGGCCUAGGCUUGGCGGCAGAAAACGGGUGCUCCUCUGCCUCCAAGUUUGUCCUGGAUUUGAUUCGGGAUGGAGUUGCUUUGAACACAAAUGGCGGCGUCUACAAUCCAGAGCUAUAUUCAGAAUCGUUGUACGGGUUAUCCCGUUGUCCCACCGAGAAAGCGAUUCUUUCCUGGGCAGUUUCACAAUUAAGCAUGGACAUGCAGGAGAUAAAGGAAAGCUGUCGAGUCAUCGCACGCGAAGUCCUCGACAAGCAGAAGAGAAGCGGUGUCCUAAUAAAGAAGACCAUGGAUGACAGAGUCCAAGUGCACUGGAAAGGAGGGGCGGAGAUGAUCUUGGCGAUGUGCUCGAGCUUCUACGAUGGGUCGGGGAUAGAGAAAGAUUUGGACGAAGAUGAAAGGAAGAAAUUCAAGCAGAUAAUCCAGGGGAUGGGGGCGAGCGGCCUGAGCUGCAUCGCUUUUGCUCAUAAACAAUCCUGCGUUGAAUCCUACGCAGAAGCGAUCAGAAAAGGAAAUUACAUUAACGAGAUCCAAAAGGACAGGCUGACAUUACUAGGACUCGUUGGUAUUAUUGAACUGUGCCGUCCUGGUGUGGAUCGCGCGGUCCAAGCUUUUCAGGACUCCAGAGUGAACAUCACGAUGAUUACAGGAGACAACAGCUUCGCUGCUAAGGCCAUCGCCAAAGAGUGCGGGAUUCUCAGGCCCGAGGAUGAUGCCUCCGAUGAAGCCUUCGUGACAGGGGCUGAUUUCCGCGACUACUCGAUUGAGAAGAGGCUUGAAGAAGUUGAGAAAAUCCGGGUCAUGGCGAGAUCCUCCUCUUCUGAUAAGCUCCUCAUGGUUCAAUCCUUGAAGAAGAAAGGCCAUGUGGUCGCCUUCAUAGGGGACGGCACGAACGACGCACUGGUCCUCAAGGAAGCCCACAUCGGGGUCUUGAUGGGCAUCCAAGGCAUUGAAUUUGCCAAAGAGAGCUUGGACAUUGUCAUCCACAGCGACAACUUCUUCUCCGUGGCGGAGGUGCUGCGUUGGGGUCGAUGCAUCUAUGAUAACAUCCAGAAGUUCAUCCAGUUCAAGCUCACAGUAAACGUCGCGGCCCUUUUGAUCAACUUUGUGGCCGCAAUCUCCUCCCGUGACGUCCCUUUGACAGCCAUCCAGCUCUUAUGGGUGAACCUGAUUGUGGACACGCUUGGCGCCUUCGCCCUGUCCACAGACCUGUCCACAGAGCAGACCAGGGAGGUCAUGAAAAAGCCCCCCGUGGGCUGGACCGAGCCACUCAUAACAAACGUCAUGUGGAGGAAUCCGCUGGGACAAGCAAUUUACCAAGUGGCUGUUCUCCUCACUCUACAAUUCAAGGGCGAAUCGAUCUUCUGCGUGGACGAGGUGGUGAAGCGGACUUUGAUAUUUAACGUGUUCUUCCUGUGCCAGGUCUUCAACGAGUUCAAUGCGAGGAAGCUUGCGAAGAACAUAUUUGAGGGCAUUCACAAGAACAAGCUGUUCCUAGGGAUCAUCUUCAUGACGGUGGCCCUCCAGGUGGUGAUGGUCGAGUUCCUGAAGCAGUUCGCGGUCACGAAGAGGUUGAGCUGGGGACAAUGGGGUGCAUGUGUCGGGAUCGCGGCCGCGUCUUGGCCUAUUGCUUGGGUCGUCAAGUGCAUUCCGGUCCCUCAUACACCAAUCUCACAGCUAAUUGAGAAAAUUAUACAGAGAACAGUAAUUAGGUUCAGGAACGCCAAUUGUUUUUAACUCAAUACUUCUUAAUGUACUGGCGUAUUGAAUUUCUCUUGAUACAGCGUGAAUUUUUUUUCUCUUUUUUGGGUCCUUUGACCUAGAAAAAUGAAAAAAAUGUGCAAUGAAUCAAUGUAAUUUUUCCAAUUC